GUUCACGUUACUCGAAAGUUGUUUUACUGCGGUAAAGGGGAAGAGAAAGACUCCUUCGAUUACCGAUAUGCCUACUUGCACGUGCGAAAAACGUCUUCCGGGUGAGGAAAGCCACGUAUGCCAAAUCAAGCCCCCCGUCGAGGAUAAUGAAUUGGAAGGGGAUACUAAACAAUACGAUAGCGCAGUUAGAUACAGAGAUGGGUCCGUGCGACUUCGAAAUCCAAACAUCGAACUCAUGGAUCAGGAUAUACUAUAUCAUCUCGCCCUCGGCAGUGGUUCCCAUGAUCUCAUCGAAAUGUUCGGUGAUAUCAAGUUCGUCUGCAUGGGUGGAACACCGAAACGAAUGGAAAAAUUCGCCCAUUACAUAAUGAAGGAAAUAGGCCACAAACUUCCAGCUGGAACGACACUUCUUGAUAUUAGUCAGUAUUCGUACCGAUACUCUAUGUACAAAGUUGGACCGGUGCUUUCUAUCAGUCACGGAAUGGGCAUCCCAUCGGUCGGAAUUCUUCUCCACGAAGUGAUCAAGCUGAUGUACCACGCAAAGGUGAAGGAUCCCAUAUUCUUCAGAAUCGGUACUUGCGGUGGAAUCGGCCUUGAAGGCGGUACUGUUGUAAUUUCCGAAGAAGCGGUCGAUGGAAUGUUGAAGCCUUACUUAGAACUGCCUGUAAUAGGUAAAUUAGUACGAAGGCCUGCCAAGCUGGAUCGGCAGUUGGCUCGCGAGCUAAAAGCCCUUGCACAUCGUGACGAUCCCUACGAGACUGUACUCGGUAAAACGAUGUGCACUUACGACUUCUACGAAGGACAGGGCCGGUUGGACGGAGCAUUCUGCGAGUUUACAGAAAACGACAAAAUGGAAUAUUUGAACAAGCUCCACAAAGCCGGUGUAGUAAAUAUAGAGAUGGAAAGUCUCUCGUUCGCAGCUCUCACCUAUUAUGCUGGUAUCCAGUCUGCUGUUGUUUGUGUGACGCUAAUAGACCGAUUUAAGGGCGAUCAGGUAUUGGCACCGAAGGAAGUUUUGGACGAGUGGCAGAUGCGACCACAACAGUUGAUCUCGCGUUAUAUUACUAGAUACUUACAACGAAAAGGUCGCCUUUCCCUUGAAGGCCAUGGAUCGAUGUGUGUCAAGAGUCCACGUCGGUUCAAGUUGGUGCAACAGGAAUCGGAAAACUACGAUUAAGCAUCGAACACAUUACAGGAUCGAAAGGAAAAGCGAUUUACCAACACGGAUAACAAAUAUGCACAAGGUUACAGUAAGAGGAAACUGUAUGGAUUCGUCGGUUUCUACCAACUAUUAACCAAGACGGGUAUGGUGGUUGCUACAAGGAAACCCAAACGAAAAGUAUACAAUUUUUUCAGUUUUUCUUCUU